AUGAUCUACAGUAUUUUACUUCUACAUAAACUGUUUUACGAGUGCAAUUCUUAUCGUACUGACCUCCGCAUAUACGGGGGCGAAGACGCCGACGUACGCAAGUUUCCGUUUGCAGUCGCUUUGGAGAUAAGUUACAAACGCUCGAAAAACACCAAAUAUGAGAGAUUCUGUUCAGCGACCGCACUCUCCCCAAGAUGGACGCUCACAGCGUCGCACUGCCUCAACGCCCUCCCCGAAAUCACCAGAGGUUUAAAAUCCGCAAAACCGGUGGUGCGUUAUUAUUCACCAGAUAAGAAACCUCUUCGGAAGGAUAUACGGACGCUGAUACAUCCGAACUAUUACGAAAACCAUAAAGAUUAUCGAGUCAAUAACGACAUCGGUUUUAUUCAAAGCGAUGGCAUCGAUAUUUCGUUUUACCCUAGACUUAGUCCAGUGGAUUACAGGACCCUGUACGGACAAGAGACUACGUAUCUCGGUUACGGUUUAACGUACAUUCGCGUCGGGGAGGAAAAUAACACUUUGAAAACGAUGGUCGCUAUGAUAACGGAAUGUGAUAGAACAAAGGUGAACGGUUGGCCCACUAUAUGCACCGUACCCAAAUGUGGUUCAGUGGAUCUCAUGCGUCCGGGCGACUCCGGGGGGACCGUUUUACACGGAUCAGGUGUCAUAGCCGUUCACUCUGCGGGCAUAGGCUGGGCACGAGUUUGUAAAUACAACUAUGCCGGUAUCGAUGUGCCAGUGAGCCCCUUCAUCGACUGGAUCGCGAGUGAAAUAGCCAAAUCGUCCUAA